CGCCUGUGUGUUAAAACCAGCUCUCACAAGAAAAUCUACACAACCUGUAGAGUGUUCGGAUUACCUUUCAGCAACAAUGAGUUAUUCUCAUCAAAGCAUGGCUUCUGGUAGUCGAAAUGCAAGGGGAUAUGAAUUUGGAAGGACUUAUGUUGUGAGGCCUAAAGGAAAGCAUCAAGCCACUCUAGUAUGGCUUCAUGGUCUUGGUGACAAUGGUUCUAGCUCAUCUCAGCUCAUGGAAAGCUUGCAUCUUCCAAAUAUAAAAUGGAUUUGCCCGACUGCUCCUACGCGUCCUGUUUCAAGUCUUGGUGGAUAUACCUGCACUGCUUGGUUUGAUGUUGGGGAAAUUUCUGAAGACAGUCAUGAUGAUUUGGAAGGUUUAGAUGCCUCAGCUUCACAUAUUGCUAACCUUUUGUCCUCUGAACCAGCAGAUGUUAAAGUGGGGAUAGGAGGUUUUAGCAUGGGAGCAGCGAUAUCUCUUUACUCUGCCACUUGCUAUGCUCUUGGACGUUAUGGAGCUGGCCACACAUACCCUAUUAACUUACGAGCUGUUGUAGGACUCAGCGGCUGGCUUCCUGGUUGGAAGAGCUUAAGGAACAAAAUAGAAUGCUCGUAUGACGCUGCAAGACGUGCUGCAUCGUUACCAAUCAUACUUACACAUGGAACUGCCGAUGAUUUGGUUCCCUAUAGGUUUGGAGAGAAAUCUGCGAAUUCUCUUGGCAUGGCUGGAUUUCGACAAACUGUCUUUAAGCCAUACGAAGGACUUGGUCACUACACUGUUCCAAAAGAACUGGAUGAAGUCGUUCAGUGGCUCACAACAAGGCUCGGGCUAGAAGGCUCGCGCUAAACAGUACAGACUGCCAUGCAUCUAGCAAUAUAGGCCCUAUGGUCGACCACAAAUAACUUGAGAUAGUAUAAUGUAUAAUGGGUGGGUUUCUUUGGCGGGGGGUUAUAUAGUUCGUUGUUUUUGGGAUUUAUUUUGUCGCUUGUUCUUUUGUUUGUCCAUGUUGGAAUAUUGAUCAUGAAUAAAGUAAUUUUGUCACCA